GCCGGGACGCCGGAGGACCGGCGGGGGCGGGGCGCCAAGAUGGCGGUCGUGAGGCGAGGUGAGCGGCGCGUUGCCAUCGAUACCGGCAGCUCCUUCCCUGUGUCGCGGCGGGGGUGGGUCACCGCGGCGCUGCUCCCCACCGUGGCACAGGACACCUCUCGCCGCCCCAGGCGGGCGGACACGACGCAAGCGACGCGGGGACAGAGGUGGGCCCGGCCCGACAGCCAUAUCGCGACAGCCGCAUCGCGACAGCCGCGACACGCUGAGGUAGAUCCCGCAGCUGCGGGCCUUGUGUCGGCGUGAGGAGGCGUUUGUGCGGGCUGAUGAGCACCUCAGCUCGCAGGCAAACAGCUUUCCUGAGCCCGAGGGACACUCCUUGAACAUUCAAGUUUUUGCUUCAAAUUAUGAACCACCGGGACGCAGAGAAAAAAAAAGUCCUUCCCACUCAUUAGCGGGGUCAAACUGGUUAAUUUCCCCUUGCAAAGAGGUCAGAGGUUUCCCUAAAAGAUAUAAAUUCAACCCCAGGUGGACAAAGUUGCUUUUGAAAGCUUUGGCCUGAGCAGUCAGCGUUUGCCCGAACCCCGAGGCCGCGCUGGCGCAGUGAGGGGCAGGGGCCGCAGCCUCUGCAGCCGCUCGGUGCUUGGGACGGCGCCGUGCCCUUCAGAAACAAGCCAGUGUUCCAGCAGAUGGGCUGCGUUGUACCUGCGCCGUGCACAGCGUCGCUCACCGGCCUUCUGAACCCCGCGGCAGCUGGAGAACGGGUCAGACUCUUGUCACGAUUUUCUUUUCCCUGUACAGAACGCUCGCUUUCCAAUUAACCCCCCCAGCUGCAAGUUCAUUAAUCCUCGUGGUGAGAUGGUCUGGGGGUGCUGGGAAGAGCAGCCUGCUCUUAUACCUGACAUUAUACAUUCAGCUGGCAUAGUAAGGACGACGGAGCUGCAGGUUCCCUGUCAGGGCCUGGUGUGGGGUCUACAUGUUUCACCCGUGGGACACGUCCCCUGUCACUCAGGGGGGCAGCCCGCUGGAAAUAAUAGCAGCUCUCAAGCCGCUCCGCGGGACAGAUGCAGGAAGGUCGUCAGUGCCCUCUGGUGGAAAAUCACUUUCAAAAAUAAAAAGUUUAAAGCUGGAGAGCUGCCAUUAGGGAUUCACCUGCACAGUAAAAUCGUAUUACUCUAACUAUACCACUGGCGUCACGGCAGCGUAGCUGCCCCGUGUUAAUAAGGCUACACCAGUACAGAUCAGUGUUUGGUUAUACAGGAAAAGUUUCCAAUCCAGACACUUCUUUGGAACAUUAACAUCUGCACAUGCGUUGUGGUACUUCAAAUUAACACCCUACUUCACAUUCAAAAAUCGCCUUAAAACAGAGACAUCUCCUUGUUGCGCAAGACACGUCACCUUGACACAAGGUGUUACUUUCACACGAGAGCUUAUACCGGGGUAUAAAUACAAACGCAUCUUUUACCAUUAGUCGCUGCAGAAUAAGAUACGUAAUUAAAGCUUUAACUCCCAUUCUGCAACAAGAAGCAUCAAAAUGUGAAGGGAUGAGCCUGUUGGGAGCUCCAGUCCCUUCAGAGAUACAGCACAAAUCACCGAAAAUUCCUGCCUAUUUCCACUGUGUUCCCAAAUCGGGUACUUUAAUCAGGUGCCUAAAGUUAGAGGGGAUUAAUUUGGGCCCAACUGCAUAAAACUAUGAGGUGACGAGGCCAGUGCCCUCCAGAAACCCGGGGGUGAGGAUGGGGAGGUGAGCGUGUCCCGCUGAUGCUUCCGAGCAGACGGGUGAAAUGGCCUUUCACAGGCAGUUCUGCUCUCUGGGGAACAGUGACCAUAACUUCUCAAUUCCUCAUGUGGCUGCAAGAGGCUGAGAAUAUUAAUGAGUUACUUAAGAGCUACUUUAGUAGAACUUCAUCAGUUCUCUCAUCUCUUCCUUUACAGAUUCUAUUUUAUGUAAAUGGCAUCUAUUACAUCUUUUACUUCUUGGUGACUCUUGCAAUGAUUGUUUAUAAAAGUCAAGUUUUCAGUUAUCCAGAUGACUUCUUGGCUCGUGAUCUAGCCCUGCUUUUCAUUAUGGCCAUUCUUGAAGCGCUCCGGUUAUACUUGGGCUGCAAGGGUAACCUGACAGAAGAGGAGGCUCCGCUGGGGCUCAGCCUCGCGGUCUCGGUGGGGAGCGUGGUUUUCUCCGUCUACUUCUUGGUGUGGCAAACGUACGUGCUGAAAGCAGACGUCAUUCUAAACUCUGUUCUCCUCUGUGCUUACGGGUUUGAGUCGGUACUAAAGGUCUCAGCCAUUGCUGCUUUUGUCAGCUAAACCCCAGCAGUUUUCAACACGUUUUCAACAUUUCUUCUAUAAGAGUGGGGUUCUAUUUUAAAAAAAUCAUUCUUCUGCAUAUAAAAAUGCUGUAAAGCUUUCUCCUGUUUAAAGCACAGGCUCUUGAGGGGCAGAGGUCUCCCUGAGCGGCGGGUGAAACAUCCUGUCCCGCAGCUGUGUUACACCAUCUCCUCAGCUUAUUGCUGGGCAAAGGCAAGAGGCGAUUCAGCAAAAGCGCUUAAUGCUCUCGUGUUCAUCAGGGAUCGAGACUGAAUUUUCAUUCCCAACACAGAACAGCGGCCAGCGCAUUGUCUGGCUACGCGCUGUUGAGGUUACGUGAGUCUUCACAGCGCAACAGCAGCCAAAGUGACACCGAAAUGAAUGAGGCCAGCGCAGUCCGGGCUCAUUUCUGCCCUCCCACAGACACUCGUGUGUUUGAGGGCACAGGUUUGCUUCUCAUUUCAUUUCAUUUGUGUUCUCAGAGCCCAGUGGUAAUUUCCCUGCCUUUAGUAGGGCAGCACCUGCUUUAUCCCGGUGGGAGAGCUGAGUUUGCGCGGCUGGCUCUUAAGGAGCCGGAGGCCCAAGGCGGGAGUGUGAGGGUUCCAGUGUUCUAUAGGGAGGCCUUAAGAUGAGUGGAAACAUUCACUAAUCGCUCACCCUUCUGCCCUGUUUCAAAGUCCAACAGAAUGUUGUCGGGUGUAUUUCUAUUCAGUGUUAAAUGUGUUGAUUUCCAUGAUUCUGCAAAAAUUCCUGCAUUCAAGCCUUGUUUUCUAAAUGAAGAACAGUGUGCAAUUUCCUAUUUUUUUACUGUAUCAAAAAUAUGUAUUAGUGUAAAGCUUGAGGAGUUUGUGGGCUUUUUGUACAAGCAGGCUUUUAUAUUCACAAUUUCCUAUUUUUGUAUUUAUUUAUUCAAAUAAAUGAUGUUUGCGAUCUAAGAAGCGUUUGAAGCGCAGAGCACCUCGUUCAGAUGGCGGGCUGCAGCUCCGCCUGGCAAUGCUCACGGAGCGUUUGGACAACGCCCUCGGACACGGUGUGAAUUUUGGGGUGUCCGGUGCAGGGACAUAGUUGGACUCAAUGAUUUGGGGAUCAGCUGCACCCAUGAAGACAAGGGGACAGUGACAGAAUUGCGCACUAAGGAGCAGUCAGGAAACGGAGGGACCAACAUUUUCUGUGCUUAAUCCGCGUGAAUCAAACACCCGCCCGUUUGUCCUUCCAGAUUUGCGUGGCAUAAUGGAAUGUACCCACCGCAUACUUGUCACAUACCAAGCUGUAUCUGCCCCACUGAUGACAAACAUACCAAGCAAAACUCCUUUCUGUAUGCAUACAAAUAAAACAUUUUUUCCUGGUACUUA